CCUACACCGCUGCACCGCAAGAGACGCCCAGCGAAAUACUGUCAGACUUUUCCGUGCUUCUCCUCCAAAGUCUCCACUUCGAGACAUAGGCUCUCAGUCGGAUUCGUCGUCAUGGAUGCCGAAUCUAUCCUCUCUCACGUGGCCUUUACAACAUCAGGCUCCAUUGUGGAUUGCAUAGAUAAGAAAGUGCUCAUCAUUCUCAGAGAUGGACGCAAGUUGAUCGGUGUAUUCCGAUCAUUCGACCAAUUUGCUAAUUUGGUUCUGCAGGAUGCUGUGGAAAGGGUAUCGGUCGGCAACAGGUAUGGAGACAUUCCUCGGGGCUUGUUCCUGGUCAGAGGAGAGAAUGUGGUUAUGCUAGGAGAGAUUGAUCUCGACGCGGAAGACAUUCCUAAUCCAGCAGCGGUGCCCCUACCUCCUGCGGCCUUGCCACAAUUGUUGGAAGCGCACAAGGCGGAAGCUGCAGCAAGGAAGGUGGUGGACGCCAAAAAGUCAGAAGUGUUGAGGAGGGAAAGGGGUUUCUGUGCGGAAGGUGCGGAGGGGGAUGGGUAUUGAGCGCAAUGCAUGCAUCUAUGAGAGCUGUCGAGACCCGGGCUUGGGGUGGCAAGGCAAGCAAGCAAUC